CACACAUUAUACACCCUCGCUUGCUCACGCCCUGCUGCUGCUUCUCUCCUGUCUGCUUGUCUUUCCUGCUUUCUGGAUUUUCUCCUUUAAUCUCCGUCUCCUUUGGGAUGAGGGGCUGUAAGACUGGACGGGUCUGUGCUUGGAUGCUUUGCUGAGACCUGUCCAUAUCUUUCUUUUUCCUUUUUCAUCUCUCUAUUUCUGUCAGCUGCAAGAGCCCACGUUAAGGUGCAUCCUGGCCCCCGGCCAUCUCUGUAGAUGUCUGUCACCAUGGCAAAGAUUGAGACCGGCCGCACAAGUCCAGUGGUCCGCCAGAUAGACAAGCAGUUCCUGGUGUGUAGUAUCUGUCUGGACCACUACCACAACCCCAAAGUCCUGCCCUGCCUGCACACCUUCUGCGAAAGGUGCCUACAGAACUACAUUCCUCCUCAGUCCUUGACGCUGUCCUGCCCCGUGUGUAGACAGACCUCAAUAUUGCCCGAGAAAGGUGUGGCGGCACUACAGAACAACUUCUUCAUUACAAACCUCAUGGAGGUGCUGCAGAGAGACCCAGAAUGUUCUCGGCCGGAGGCCUGCAGCGUGCUGGAGUCUGUCAGCGCAGCAGCUGCUGGGAAACCGCUCUCCUGCCCCAAUCACGAGGGCAAGGUGAUGGAGUUUUACUGCGACUCGUGUGAGACGGCCAUGUGCCUGGACUGCACGGAGGGGGAACACAGGGAGCAUGUGACUGUUCCACUGCGGGAUGUUCUAGAACAGCACAAAACAGAACUAAAGAACCAGCUGGAUGCUAUACGCAACAGACUGCCUCAACUAACAGCUGCCAUUGAGCUGGUGAAUGAAAUCUCUCAACAGCUGAUAGAAAGAAAGAACGAAGCCAUUAAUGAGAUCAGCAUGACAUUUGAGGAGCUCGAGAGGGCAUUGCACCAACGCAAAGCUGCGCUCAUCACAGAUCUGGAGAACAUUUGUUGCACCAAGCAGAAGGUGCUUCAGGCGCAGCUAUCGUCCCUUCUGCAGGGAAAAGAGCACAUCCAGAGCAGCUGCAGUUUCACUGAACAGGCCCUGAACCACGGCAGUGCCACCGAAGUCCUGCUGGUCCAAAAGCAGAUGAGCGAACGUGUGAGCGCCCUCGCCUGUCACGACUUCCCCGAACGGCCGCAUGAAAAUGCUCACUUGGACUGCCAGAUAGAGACAGAAGGCCUGCGACGCUCCAUCCAGAACCUGGGCGUCCUGCUGACGACGGGUGCCGUGGGACACACCAGUGUGGCCACAGGAGAAGGCCUCAGGCAUGCGCUGGUCGGACAGCAUGUGACUGCAACUGUUACCACUAAAGAUAAGGACAGCGAGCUUGUGCGGACUGGAAACGCCGUCCUCCGAGCAGAGAUAACGGGGCAGGACGGAGUGCAUGCGACAGAGGUGGAGGUCGUGGACAAUAAAAACGGAACGUACGAGGUAGGAUACACACUUAAGAGUGAAGGGGAGUACUCGUUCUCUCUGAUGCUGUACGGACAGCCUGUGCGGGGCAGCCCAUUCAGACUGCGGGCGAUAAAGCCUUCGGACGUGCCUCAGUCUCCGGAUGAUGUGAAAAGAAGGGUAAAAUCUCCCAGUGGAACAGGGGGACACAUCAGACAGAAAGCCGUACGGAGACCCUCCAGCAUGUACAGCACUACCAAAAAGAAGGAAAACCCCAUUGAAGAUGAGCUCAUUCAUAGAGUAGGCUCUCGUGGACGGGAGAAGGGAGAGUUCACCAAUCUACAGGGCAUCUCUGCUUCCAAUAAUGGGAGGGUCAUUGUAGCAGACAGCAACAACCAGUGCAUACAAGUGUUUACCAAUGAUGGGCAGUUCAAAGCACGCUUCGGGGUCAGGGGUCGUUCUCCGGGACAGCUGCAGAGGCCAACAGGAGUGGCAGUCGACACAAAUGGAGAUAUUAUAGUAGCUGAUUAUGAUAAUAGAUGGAUCAGCAUCUUCUCCCCUGAUGGGAAAUUCAAGAAUAAGAUUGGCGCAGGCCGUCUGAUGGGACCCAAAGGAGUGGCUGUGGACAGGAACGGUCAUAUCAUUGCAGUGGACAAUAAAGCCUGCUGUGUGUUCAUCUUUCAAUCUAAUGGCAAACUAGUAACCAAGUUUGGAGCCAGAGGCACCGCAGACAGACAGUUUGCAGACAAAAGUGAUGCAAAGUUUAGACUGGAGCAAAGGUUUAGUAAAUCUGGCCCUGGGUUCAGUCCGCACUUUGUUGCUGUCAACAACAAGAAUGAAAUUGUCGUGACAGACUUUCAUAACCACUCCGUCAAGGUCUACAGUGCAGAUGGGGAGUUUCUGUUUAAAUUCGGGUCCCAUGGAGAGGGAAACGGCCAGUUUAAUGCCCCCACAGGGGUAUCUGUUGAUGUUAACGGCAACAUCAUUGUAGCAGACUGGGGCAACAGCAGAAUACAGGUGUUUGACAGCUCAGGCUCAUUCCUCUCCUACAUCAACACAAGUGCUGACCCUCUGUAUGGGCCGCAGGGUCUCGCUUUAACCUCCGAUGGCCAUGUUGUGGUGGCUGAUUCUGGUAACCACUGCUUCAAAGUCUACCGGUACCUGCAGUAACAGCUCAGGUACUGUCACAAGGUGCCAAAAACUCUCCUACGACUUUGUUUCAUCACAUAGUCACAUCAGCCAAAUCCUCGGCCAAACCAGGGAGGAAGAAUCGAAUGAACGAAAUGCACUGAAAUCUGCUGAUUUUCAUGUUCCAAAACAAAGAACUGCUUCUCUGCUUAACCGGGAAUGUCGAUUGUAAAUAACAGAAACCAUAUCAAUAAGCACAGAUUCUUAUAAGAAAAUCAUGUAAGUUGUGUAUAAAUAAAAUAAAUAUAUAUAUAGCAAAACAUUUUGUUAGUUGCCAUCUUAAACCCUUGCAGAAAAGUCCUUUCCAAAUCUCAUUUCAUAAUGGUCGAGCUACCCAUGACUGCAAUAUCUGUGUAUUUUAAUUGUUACAUUCUGCAUUUGUAAAUCUACAAACUGUGUACAUAUGAACAUAUUUGGUGUAUGCAACAUGUAAAUGACCCUGGCUUCUUGUAUUGUCCUAUGACAGCAUUUGCCACUGAGAUUUCACUAUUCGGUGAGUGCUUUCAGUUAACUGGGUGUUCAAAUCAUUCAGAUCGAACAUCUGAGCUGAUCAUCCCUCACAGAUAUCAACAUAACAGGAAGUGAUGCGCAUCCCUGCUGUGCUCUUUAAAAAGAAAUCUAACCACUAAACAGAAGGAGCCAAAAAGGACAUAUUUUUUCCAUUCCAAAUUAUUUAUUUUUCUAAAGCACAAGGCUACUUUACUUGUAUUAAAAAUCCAACUGAACGAGGAAAGAGAAAUAUAAUCAAACCCAAGUAUUUCACGUACUGUAUAUUGCCUCUGAUUUUUAAUGUUCUCUAAAGAUGAUCAGCUAUGAGGAAUUAUAUCGCUUCUCUGUAAAUAAUCAUACAGGUGUGUUGUGUUCACAGUGUAGCAACCAAAUGUUGUCUUUAGUUGUCAGUAUUAUAGUUUAUGCUUCGUCUAUUUAUUGAAUGGUUUUUACACAUUUUCCUGAAUAAUUCCUUUUGAGAUUGUCCUCCAUCACCAGCGAAAGAUAUCAAAAACCACUUCCCUUUAAUUUUGUGGAGUUUUGUCUCUUUUUGAAGGUUAUGUAACACACCACAUCUCCUUAACAGCCUACUCUCUGUGAUACUGUACAAGGUUAAUGAACAGCAGCUCACAGUUGAAAUGGUGAAAGUGUAUCUUAAUAUCUGUGCAAAGAACACUUUUGCAUGUUAAUGAUUUUACUAGCACUGGCACAUGGUUUCUGCAGCAGCGAGAUACCUGUAACGAUAAUGAUUUGCUAUCACCAGGCUGGAAAUUAUUAUAUGUAAUAACCAAAAAAAAAAAAUUAUAUACUGUAUAUUGAUUUAUAAUAUAUGUGAAUUGCAAGUUGACUUAUUUAGUUGCUCCAAUGGCGAUAAAGGUCCGCUCACAAUAAGAAUAACUUUAUAACAAAAUUGCUAAAACGGUUGCUGUCAAGUUUACAGUUUUCGUGCGCAAAAUUAUUUACAUUUUAAAUCCACAAAAUCAGGAAUAUUGCAUGAGAGCAAAAUAAAUCCACAUGCAGAUUUCAACAAUACAAGUUGGUCAUAAGAAUUUGGUGCGCUGACCGUCAGAAAGCUGCUUGUUUUGAAAGUGUGAACUGUGCUUCAUGGAUCACGAAACUAUUGAUAACAGACAAUUAAUUCCCCCCGGCAAAAUUUAACUAACGUCACAACAAUAUCUUUGGAAUCACUUUCAGAACAAUUUCUCCCAUCGAUAAAAGCACUGUCCCCAAUUAUGUUUAGAAUAAACAAUGUUCAUUGGAAUAACUGCCAACAUCGUUUUCAUUCUUAUUGUGAAUGGACCUUAACUCGAUCCAAUGCAUGAUCUAGUGCUUGGACAGAUGAUUUAGCAAAUGUGCGUCAUCAGUUUAAAAACAACAAAGAUCCUGUAUAACCUGAAGAAUCAACCAUAUGCUCAUUCUGCUGGUCAAUCAUUGCAGUUUGAAAUAAAACUGUAAAUACAAGU